AUAUCCGGUCACUGUUGUUGGCGUUCCAGAAAAAUGCAACAGUUCUAGAAUGUGCAUUCCCUGCUACUUACUAAAUACCAUAGUUACGUGUCGAGUUUUGCCAAGCGCACGAAAUUCAUAAACAAGACUAAGCAUGCCUUAACUGCAGUCAACGUUUUCUGUCGACAAUGUUUACCUAAUUUUCCAUGAUUGUUAGCCAAUGCUAAUGGAUUUCGGAGACCGAAUAAUCCGACUCUGUCAGACUGAGUUCUUCGAGGUUGAGACGUUCCGCUAUGGCAGAUACUAGUACACGACCGUUGGUUAACAAAAAAGAGGUGUUCUCAGGGUUGCUGGACCAUCCCGGUGAUGCCCGAUAUAAGGAGAUAUGCAGCCAAUUUGCAUUCGUGAGAAAAAUCCAAGGAGAUGGAAAUUGUUUUUACAGAGCUCUGUGUUUUGGACAUCUGGAAUCCGAGUUGGAGAAUGGCAGGGCUUUGCAAAGGUUUAAAGACACAUUGCUGUUGAGUGAAAGAGAAUUGUUAUCUGCAGGUUUUGAUGAGAGCUCUUUCAAAGAUUUGCUCAAUGUUUUCUUGGAUGUCUUGGGACAGUGUGAAGCUGGAGGACAGGAAGGAACACUGUUACGACUCUUCAACGAGAAAACGACCUCCAACAGCCUAGUGCAAUACCUGCGUCUCCUCACCUCAGCCUACCUGCAGAACCACGCCGACUUCUUCUCUCACUUUGUGGAGGCACCCAAUCUCAAGGUUUACUGUACGCAGGAAGUGGAAACCAUGGCAAUGGAGUGUGACCACGUGGACAUCUUGGCUCUGUCCGAGGCCCUGGGAGUCGGCAUCCAUAUCGUUUCAAUGGAGAGGAGUGAUAAACAGCAACUGGUUCACCACACAAUCCCAGAGGGGGCCACACCCUCCCUACACCUCCUAUACAAAGCAUCUCACUAUGACAUUCUAUACCCGCACACGUCUCACUGAGGGGCCUGUCGCUGGCUUCUUCUCAUCUCAGGGUUACACACCUUUCUAGUAUGCCAAGAACUAUUAAACUCAAGCUUUUUAAAGAAUGUUAAAACUGUAUUUAACUGCUUUUUUUGUACAAUAAUUCCAUCUGGAUUAAAUGAAUUUGAAGACAUAAGG